CUGAAGCCCCCCUCCCUUCCUUUGCAGGUCCAUGAAGAUCCCUGAGGGCGGCCAAACCUAGGAAAGAAAAGGAAGGAAGAAAAUUGAGAGCUUUUCUCUCUCUCUCCCCCCCCCCCCCCACCAAACAGCCCCCAUGGCGAAUGAGAAAAGCAAGAAGGCGUUGCUGGAGCUGCUCCAGAAAGAGGGCAACGACGUGUGUGCAGACUGCGAGGCUCCAGAUCCAGAUUGGGCGUCGCACACGCUCGGCAUAUUUAUAUGUUUGAAUUGUUCCGGGAUUCAUCGCAACAUCCCCCAAGUCAGCAAAGUGAAAUCUGUCCAUUUGGAUGAAUGGGACAUUGCGCAAGUCGAGCUUAUGGCUUCCAUUGGAAACAAUGCUUCGAACGCGAAACAUGAAGCCGAGAUCCCGCCGUUUUAUUACAAGCCAACUUCUUUGGACUGUCAGCUGCUACGAGAACAGUGGAUCCGAGCCAAGUACGAAAGAAAGGAGUUCAUUUACAUUGAGAAGCAGGAGCCUUACUCUGCAGGGUAUCGGGAAGGAUUUCUUUGGAAGAGAGGCCGGGACAAUGGGCAGUUCUUGAGCCGGAAGUUCGUGCUGUCUGAACGAGAGGGAGCGCUGAAGUAUUACAACAAGAACGACGCCAAGGAGCCAAAAGCAGUUAUGAAGAUCGAGCACUUGAACGCCACCUUCCAGCCGGCCAAAAUCGGGAACCCGCACGGCCUGCAGAUCACGUACUUGAAAGACAACAGCACCAGGAACAUCUUCGUGUACCAGGAAGAUGGAAAGGAAAUGGUGGACUGGUUCAAUGCCAUCCGCGCCGCUCGAUUCCACUACUUACAAGUGGCGUUCCCAGGAGCCAGCGACACUGACCUGGUACCCAAACUGUCACGGAACUAUGUGAAGGAGGGCUAUAUGGAGAAAACCGGGCCAAAGCAAACGGAAGGUUUCAAGAAGCGCUGGUUCACCAUGGACGACCGCAGAUUAAUGUAUUUCAAAGAUCCUUUGGAUGCUUUUGCCAGGGGGGAGGUCUUUAUUGGCAGCAAAGAGAACAGCUACAAGGUGCUGGAAGGACUCCCGCCUUCGGUCCAGGGGAACCACUGGCGGCACGGCAUCACCAUUGUGACGCCGGACAGGAAGUUCCUGUUUGCUUGCGAGACAGAAAGCGACCAGUUGGAGUGGAUCGCUGCUUUCCAGAAGCUGAUCAGCAGGCCCAUGCUGCCCCAAGAAUAUGCAGUGGAAGCUCACUUCAAGCAUAAACCGUGAGAGCACCAAGCCCGAGGGGACCGUUCUACGUGGAUCUGUUUACAGCCCAAUAAUGUUGUUUGUCCUUUGCAAUGUUUGUGACGGUGGAAUGUGCAUCAAAUCACCCCGGACUGCGCAACGGGAGACGCUCGCAGGCACGGCGGACACACACGGAACCUAACAGCCGCUGACGCCGGACCAGACCAUUGAGCAACGUUGUUCUUCCCGAACCGGGGAAGCGACGUGGCUCUUCCGUUGCCGGCUUCCAAAGGCCACCUUCCUUGGUCAGGGGUGACCGCAAGUGGCGUGGGAGGUUCUGAAAGGCUUUGUCAAAGCGAUGUGAUCACCGUCAGGGAACGGGAUUCCUGUUGCAGCCACGAGAUCGCCUGUAGUGGCGGGCCCUCCAUUUGACCUGAACGCCUCUGUCCGUUCCCGGGAAGGAUCGAUUCAGGAGCCCCGUAGAUCUCGUGCAGGGGGGUGAAGCUUCCGCAUACGCCUUCUGAUCCAGACUCACGUGGGCGUGACAGGGUGCUAGCGUUUAAGUAGCCACCGAUACUCAUUUUGCGGGAUGCCCGCCCUCCCCCGCUUCUUAUCACGCUGCAAUGCUUAAGUCGAAGGUUUGUAUUUAUUUCCGGAGAUCAGUUUUGUCAUGAUGCUUGGCAGCUGACGCCAAGCUCCUCCCAGGCAAUACCGGCCUGGUGCCAUCCUACUGAAAGACUAAGCUUGGCACAACCUAUCAGAGGUACACGACGUAAGUUUGGCACAACCGAAGCUUGGCACAACCUAUCAGGGGAUCCGUCUAACUAGAACUGGAAAGCAGGGUGCGGUUGGGGGGGGGGGGUCAUGUAAGGUAAAAUAGGGGCCCAGUGGACUGAAUGCCUAAAUCAUGAAGAGGUGAUCUAAGGUGUAGUUCCCCUUUUCCUUUUCCAGGGGGUGGGGGAAGCCUGGAGCGUUCCAAAGAACUGGGGCGUUGUUGAAGUGAUGUUCGAGCCGACGUGUGGCUCAAGUGUGGGCCGACCAGGUUUGAAUCCCAACUCUGCCUUGGAAACUGGUUGGGCGUUCUCGGGCCAGUCGCACACACUCCGCCUAGCCUACCUUACAGGGUCGUUGCAAGGGUAAGAUGGAGAAAGGGGGGGGAGGGAACGACUUUUGGUGGCCGUUGAGGAGAAAAGGGGGGUAGAAACGCAGGACAGCGAAUGAGGAACAUCUGCCUCAGGUAGGGGUUGGGCAGGCCUAGUGAAGAGAAUAAGAGGAUUUCUUAGACCAAAAGCGUCUGUGAAUGUGGGUGGGUGGGGGUGUUUGGCGGGUUUUCCCGGCUGUUUGGCUAUGGUACCAGAGCACGGCCACCCAACCUCGAAAUCCCACAAGACCCAGUUGAUUGCUACUGUGAAAACCUUUGUCAAUAUAUGUGUGUGUGUGCGUGUGCGUCACGGGUCCCCAACCUGGUGCCCAUGAGCUCCGUUCCAACACUAGCACCUUACUGGGUGCCCCAAAAUGUUUUCAGAAACUUGCUGGGGCCGUUUCACAGCACGGGUUCCCGUUGGCCAACAGAGAUCUGAUCGACCAAGGAGAAUGAAAUGAGUGUUGCCUUGGCGGCCGCAGGCACCAAACUGGGGGUUGUGUUCUGUCUCCUUUCCUUUCCAGUGUGCUGGUGCAACUGCUCCUGUCUGGCCGGUGAACUUCCUCUGGGGCGUGGUCAGGCUCCCCUCUGCCAUUUUGUCGCCAGCUCCCCCACCCCAGCCAGACAUCUGCCGCUCGGCUUCAUCUGCAGUGGCGGCCAAUUCGCAGUUGCAGGCCACCUUUCGGUGGCAGAGUUUUCAAGGGGGCCACUGGUGCACAAAGGUUGGGGACCCCAACCAGGAAACCUCUGAAAAGUGAAGUGAUGCAUUCCUUUUCUUCAACAGCCCCCCAAAUAUGGUUGAUUAUCCCCCCACCCACCCACCCCGCGAAGCAAGCGCAGGCUUUUUUGAGGCUGAAUCGCUGCGUGUCGUUCUUUGGGGCUGUGCCCCCUUGAGCACAAUUGUGGCCCUCCCCUGGGCAAAAAUGGGUAUAAGAUUGGGCGGCACACUUCCUUGUUCUUUAAUGAGAGAGAGUUAAGCACACAUUUCAGUCUCUCUGUAGGGCUUCAGAGGGCUGAAUGGUCUUGUGGUCGGAUUGUGAAUUUGCCGUGCCUACAUUACAGUGAACACUGAGAGGCAAGCUUCUCUGAUGUGAAAUCAGAACUUGGAAAGGGACCCAAAGACCGUGGCGUGUCAGAGGGAACUCUGGGAGCGGACUGGAACCCCCCAAAUGGAAUUGACUGAGAGGCUGUUUGUAAUAACUAAUACCUCUUCCCUUUAAAACAGCCUGCCAGUCCACGCAGAAUCCCUCGUGUUCCCCUGUCACAUGAACAUGUGAAGGUGCCUUACUUCGAACCCGGCUCAUGGUCCUGAAAAGUCAGUAUUAUCUUAUUCAGACUGACAGCUGCCCUCUGGGGUAUCAGCUUGGGAGUCUUUCCCACCCCCUGUUACGUGGCCCUUGGAACCGGAGACGGCUGGGAUCGAACGUGGCGUCUUCUAUGUGCCAAGCAAACGCUGUGCCGCUGAGCCACACGGCCCCGACCCGUCUGCUGUCUAUAUCUUCCUGUUUCCUUGCAAAGCUCUGUGGGCGUAGCGUCAGGUUGAUGAGGACGUUGGCAACCCUGUGUGGGCAAAAGACUUUGACGCUCCCAGGAGAGAGGCUUGUGGCAGGCUUAAGAGUCCCCACCCCAAAUGAUUCCUGCAUGGAAGCGAGGCCCUAUGCUCAGCCAACUGUUCUUUUGAAGGACUGCAUACACAAGUUCUUUGCAAAUUCAGCAUUGUACAAUUAAGGACGUGUCUAAACCUAACUAGAGAACCAAGCAACAAACCAUUUUCGUGUAAACUCUCGGAUCGACUGAGUUUACUGGAGACCCCCGGCCGUGCUUCCCCCCUGCCCAACCCCCGUUUUUGAGCUAGCCGUGGUAGUAGAGAAUCCCACUGCUGACAGAAGCACACAGUCGCCUCUAUGUUUACGCACCCCUCUGUCGGAAAAUGCGGGCGACACGGGGCUUGCCCUGGCUUUGUUUUGUAUGGGAUUGUGUGUGUGUGUGUGAUGUGUGUAAAUGUUGCCAACGAUGUGUUCCGUCGCGUUCGGUUUUGUUUCGAAACGGCCCAGAUGUGACAUCUGAAAAACGUGAUCCAGCAUCAAUGCACCAGAGUUUAGCUGGACAUGUCGGAAAUUAAGGUGGGAUUGGAUGGGAUGGACAAUGCGGCUCACACAUUCGCUAUGAGGGGAGCCCGACGUUUUUUUAAAGAUUGCCUGUCAUAGCGGAGAGAAAUGCGUGGAAUUGCAAGCACAGUUUGGUAGGUGCAUGAAGCGCGUUGGAGCCCACGGAGGGCGUGAAAGUUACAAAGGUGAAAUUGGAUUAGAACUGAGCACGUCCAUGUUGAGCCGUGCAAAAUUUGAAAUCAUUGAGAUUGUGGGGAAGAGAGAUGGAAAACCCAUGAGCCGGAAUCUCGGGGUCAGGUCACAGACUUUUCCAUGGCUGCACGUUGCUGAUCAGCCCUUUCCGCACAGACCUUCUCCAAAACGUUUUUGAGGCAGGAAAUAAAACAUUUCCUCCACGAAGUCCCACGUUGUUUCACCCCCAAUGUUUUAUUGGCUGCCUCAAAACAUUUUAAACAAACAUCCUUUUAAGACUAUUCUCUGGUUGAAACGUUUGAAAACAUCUUCAGCGACCUGUGCGAUCUCUUUGAGACGUUUCCCUCGCCUCUGCGCCGUCCCCAGACUUUCUCCCCCGUGCCAUUUUCUGAGCUCACUCCGGUCCCCUUUGCCUAUUUAUUUGCACCAUUUCAGCUGGGUUUUUUGCGGGGGGAGGGCUAUAGGUGCAGAGAAUCACAGCACAAGACAGUGAAGUCUUGAAGCAUCCGAUUCAAGAUGUAGCUUAGAAACAAAGGGGGAAAUCACAUAACAGCCGCCAUAAAUCAUUCUGAGGGGGUGAGUGCAGGUGUAUGUCACGGUAAAAGGGGGUGGGGACUGAAAGCGUUUUAGAAACGCCUUAGGUGAUUUGUGCGGAAAGCACCGUAGUUCUGGGCUGGUCUGCAUUGCCGGUGCCUGGGAGCAUGCUAACUUGUGUCAUACAUGAAGUGAGCGAGUGUCCUUUUGUCGUUUUGCAGAAAAAUAGAAGCUAAGAGGAUCGCCUUAGAAAUGUAACUCCAUCCCAUCUGCUCAAACUUCUGCAACAAUCUUUGCAGAGUUGUAAAAGCUAGAGAGAACUUUUCCAGAGGAUCGUUGUCAGUAAUAUAUUAAACUGGUAAAACGGGCAGUUUUCUAAAAACAGAGCAAAAAUGAGGCUGGGAAACCAGCACCCACCUCCCCCAACAUGUGUGUUUGUAGAAAAAUUUCCCUGUGGUCCACUGUAGACAUUUAAACCACUGGUUUUAAAAAAGAAAGCUGUGAUACUAAAUGUCAUGCAGGCCAAUAAAUUAUUACUACAUCAGUU